AUGGUGGUGGUAAGUUCUGAUUGUGGUUGGGAUCUUAUGUGGGACUGUCAUGGUAAAGGCAGCGAAGCUAUCAAGCUGGGCCCUUGUACGUUUGGUUGUUGUGGAAAGACUGGUUAUAAUAGUAUCUGCUGCAAUGACAGUGAAUGUAUUGGAUGCGAUGAGUCAUACACCCUAAAAAUCCCAGCAGCCCUAGCAAUACUCCCAAGCCAACUGGACAUCAGACCAAAUUAUAGCGGCAAUUAUAUCUUCAGGAAUUCUAUACCUAAUAAUUCACGUGAUUUCACUGCUAAGAGAUAG